AUGCCAGAUAUCGAUACGAUCCUAUACAGCAUCGCGGCUUUCAUCUGCGCCCUGUUUGUCCUCGAGUAUGGCGCGGACAAGUUCAUCGACCACACAGCCAUCAUCGCCAAGCGAACUGGUAUUCCGCAAGCUCUCAUUGCGUUAUUGACCGCCGGAGCGGAAUGGGAAGAGCUUGCAGUCGUGAUCUUCUGCGUGGUGCGCGGCCGGCCAUCGCUCGCAUUGGGCAAUGUGGUGGGCUCGGCCAUCUCAAACAUUCUAGGCGCAUUCUCGCUUGGGCUGAUGUUCUACAGGAGUCAUGAUGAGGGCACGAUCUUUGACAAGAGUGCCGUGCGUUAUACAAUCGCGCAAAUGGUUGUAGUGUUGCUCGCAGCUGUAUUGCUCUACUUCCGCGGCUAUUUGCAGCUGCGCGUGCUUGGCGGUGUGCUCGUGGCAGCCUUUAUUGUCUAUGUGGGCACGAUCUUCUGGGCUAUCACACGAGGCUCGCUUGCAGCGCCCGAGGGAUCAGACAGCGAAAGCGAUAGCGAAAGAGACAGCGACGGUGGUAGUGUCGGAGAGGAGGAGUACGUGGAUAGGCCCAUCUUGGGUUCACGCAGCUACGGAACGACAAACGCACGUGAUCCUCGUACCAUUGCGGGAGAUGAUAUCACAUCCCAGCAUAGCAGUCCGCUCGAUUGUGGAAAUGUGCAACCACGGCAAUCCUCUACAACAAGGCACGGUCUCCUGUAUCAUCUCUCCUGCCUCGUUCUUGGCUUUCUGGCCCUUACCAUCAGUGCCUAUGUCCUCUCGCACGCUGCAACAACCUUGACUGACUCACUUGGCAUUUCUGAUGCUGCCUUUGGCAUAGUUGUGCUCUCCCUCGCUACCACACUGCCAGAGAAGCUUGUGGCAACGGUCAGUGGCAUACGAGGUCAUGCCGGGAUCAUGGUGGCCAAUACCGUUGGCAGCAACAUCUUCCUCCUUACUCUCUGCCUUGGCGUCAUCUGGCUAUCUGAAGACGAUACCAACAGCAGUCACGGCAGCGGCAGCAUAACAGGCCUGGAGCUCGGUAUUAUGGUGGCUUCGGCAGCUACUAUGAGUCUUGCAGUCCUCUUACGCAGAAGCCUGUUGCGCUAUCUUGGGUGCGGUAUGCUCAUAGCCUACGGCGGGUUCAUAACAGUCGAGCUGGUAUUCAAAGGUCGAAGCUAG